AUGAUCCGGAAGAAUUGCGAGGAUUCUUCGGCACAAGACCUUUCGAACUGGAGAAGUGCUUUUCAAAGCGUGCAAACAAAACAUGGAAUGGACGGCGUUUGGGAAUGUUUCGAGUUACUCCUGCAACAGAACCAGCUUCACCAACUACUUCUCCCUGAUGCCGAAGAUUUGCGGGAUGAUAUCAUUGAGGCAGCCGUUGUCGACGACAGACGAAUCGAGAAGAUCAUCGAGGUUGAUCGAAAGCUAUCGGCUUUCGGAUAUUCUGGAUGGCCCGACCUGUAUGUCAAAACCAUGUAUUUUCUGGUCAAGAAAGGAGAUGCCCAAAGGAUGAUGGUCUGGCAUCGCCGUCUCCUGGAGAUUGACCCCCCGGGUCCAGACGAAAUUGCUGGAUUAUUUUCAAGCUUGGUACAGAACUCUCAUUGGCGCAUUCAAGAAUGCUUAGGAAAACUGUAUGCCUCUGGGUUGGAGCGCCAGCUCUAUGAUUUCAUUAUCCCGGCACUGUUUGAUGCCGGCCAACUGAAGUUGGCUCUGAACUGGCGAAAAUUGUUCAUUCAGCAGAAAGACUUCCCGUUAGCAUCGAGAUCGAGGCCAUUCAUAAGAUUUCUCAAGCGCUGCUAUCCGACGAUAGAACUCACCAAAGAGGAAUCUUUCAUCAUAAGUCGUCCCCUCUCAUCCGAGACGCUUGACGAACCCCCUAUAGCAGCUGACACAUCUACAUUUCAACCGGCUCUUCGUCGUGAUGGACUGGUCGCAAAGUGGUUUGCAAGUACCUGGGUAUCUAUUGAAUUUGCGAUUAAUUUGGUGUAUCGGCUUGGCAUUGAAGCUGUGGGAGCUAGGUCACUGCAAGCUCUGACCUUGCGUGAAUCCACCUCUGAGCUUGUCCUGGUCCGCCUGCAGCAUCUUGAAAGGCUUGGUAUCCGAAUAUCACCACAGGUGUAUUGCCAUGCUCUUACCUACUUUGCUCGGACAGGCAAUGAUCCUCUGCUCCGCAAUUUAGCAACGUGCGAUAUUCAUCCCGACGAGUUUGAUAAUCCAAAGAAAAGGCGGACGUUGCGAGAAUAUGCUGCCCAACAAGGAGAUAUGGAACGUGUGGCAUUAUUACGGGCUGUCGAGAUGGCAAUUGAGAACCAACCGUCUCACCAUGAACUGAACCGCAUAUUGAGGCGCAUUCUUUACGGAAGACAUCUUGGAAAGGCCAAAAUCGUGUUGGACCGCAUGAACGCCCUGCAGGUCAGCAUCACGGAGGAUAAUGCACAGCGGUUGCUGGGCCGAGUGUUCUGGGGUCUGGGAAAUCACCCCAAGAGAUGGAGCAUCCGAGUUCCAAACAAUGCAGAGCAACGAGUGGACCCCCUCGACCGGGCAAUUCGCAUUGUCCGCCAACUGCGCUAUCAUAACAUUCCCAUCCCUAUUGGGUAUUGGAAAACCCUAUUUUACAACCUGGGUCGCACUGGUCGUUUUGAUGAGCUUGAACAACUUAUGAUCGAGUUUGUUCAACUGUUCAGACCUCCUACACCUCGGCUGAUACCGAUCUGGGAUCAUUGGCUUGAAACCAGCACCGAGAAACAAUACAUACCGUCAGGCUUGGCAUUUACACAUCGCCAACACCCCGUCCAGGAAGUUUUCGAUGGCCCGAUGCAACGCUCCAUUUUGAGAUGGGGCUUUGACCAUGCAAUCCAAAGAAUGCCCAAUAGAAGGUUCUUUGAGAGAACGAGACCAAGCGAUUUCGAUAUUGCAUGUGGCGUGCGGAUGUUGGGCUCACUUAGAGACCAAGGGGUCCUGAUAGAAAAAGAUAUGAUAUCUUCUCAGGUUCCUCUUCGCAUUAGCAAAGCCAUUGCAGCCGGGAAGACACACAGGUCAAGAGACAGCAAGGAGCUGUCACAUGAUCAUGUGAGAGAGUUGUUCCAAGAGGCCUGGGGCUCGGAUCUUCUCGAAAAAAUGCCUCCGCUAGGGAAAACGCUCAAGAGUAGGCGGACUGGCAGAGCAAAUAUUGGUUUGCGCCUCAACCAGUGGGUCGAUGACGACAAGGAGUGGAAACACCUUUUCAGAGACGGAAAAUAA